UUGAAGUUUGGGCGGUUGAUGGGAAGGUUGUGUGAUUUUGAGUUUUGAUUUGGAUUUGGUUUCGUAGUCUAAUUUCGUUUAUUUUCCUUGUUAUCAAAUAAAAUAGAUAGAAUAUAUAUUUUCUGAUUCACUAGUGAUAAAUACAUAUUUUUGUGAGUGCUGUAAACGUAGUAACUUGACGGCAAAAUGCAAGAAACCGUUACAACCUCGACGGAGCGUAAAUCCUUGUUAUCUUCGUUCCUGGACGUCCUGGAGGCUCAAGGCAAAGCUGCCCAGGCGGAACGGCAGCUCCAGGAGGAGCGCUACAGGCGCCGUACGCAAAGGAUCUACGAAUACCACGACCGACAACGGCGCGAAGUAGUGGAGCUCCGCCGCUGCCUAGACUAUGUGUCACAACACGCCCAUGUCCUGGAAACAGUGCUUCGUGGUGCAGGCACCGCUGGCAGUGAUGAGGUCCCUCUAAGUGCUCACCUGGUCAAGCAAGCAGUGGGCCUCCAGCGCUGCAUGGCGCAAUGUGUCGCCAACGCGGCCACAAUACGCUCCGCCCUUGCGUCUACCCACCAGCCAGUCAUGGACGCCAUGCUUGCUAAAAUGGAAGCGGAGUUGCGGUCGUGGACGGCGUUUUUGCAUCGAGCAGUCGACGCCACAUACAACUCCGAGAUCGUCAUAGAUAACCUGCACAAUAUGAUUGCGGAGCAGCGCCGCUACGUGCGCGACGUUACAUCAAGCAGCGUGUUCACAGCGCUAUGCGCUGAGGCGGACGCGGAAGCGAGUGCAAGCGAGACCACGAGCGCGGGCGCGGGGGCGGAAGCGGAGACAGAAGCUGAAGCGGACCGCACGCCGCGCUCGCCCCUCGAGCGCCGCCCGCCCUCCUCUUGCAGCACGCCUUUGCACAACUAGCGAGUAACAUGUCACUUUUAUACUCCACUGUUCCAAUGCCGACAACAAAAGUGAUGCAUUGUUUUCGGCUACAAAGCAUCUGUCAAAAAUAUUUAAAGUUAAAGCACGCUACGCAUGAACGCAAGAAGCGUAGACAAAUGCAUAAAAAAGGUGUAGCGUGUGCUGUCAUGAAAAUGUCGAUCUUAAUUUUUUUUUGUGCGGAGCGAGUUACCGAAAAACAUUUCCGCCUGUACUCGUGCCGCGUAUAGCUGUGAUGGGAUGUAUCUGCUCAAAGCUACAGUAUUGCUAGCCUUGGCGUCUAAAUUAUAUUUUUAUGAUUUUGUAAUCGCCUGACUGUGCUAUAUAUAGCCGGUGGCUCCAGUACAAACCGCACUGCCUUAGCGUGUGUUCACCGCCGAAUGUUUGUGUUCGUUCGUUGUUCAGAUCUUAUAGAUGUCGUGUUAUAGAAAUAUUGAAUGUUUAGAAGCUUUAUCAUUCGCGCGACGAGCGCUUGUAGCCAAGUGCGCAGAUUUUGGGCUCAGCUCCACAGAAACUGAAAUAGUGUUCCGUUGACCAAAUGCAUGCAGUUUUGUGGCGCCUAUAGAAGUAAGCGCCUAGGAAAUGGAUAAAGGGUUAUCCAAAUACGCAAUGGAAUGUAUAUCCGGCUCGAAGGACCAAGUUCUAGCUAAAAUAGAAAGUGUUCGUUAAGGAAGUGAAAAUAGGUUGAUAUAUUGUUAUACGUUUUCAAAGUAACUUCAAAUCACUGCGUGCUUGGCAUCCAAGUCGCUCAGCGCAUUCAUCAUUAAGUAAUAAAAGAACAAUUUUUAAUCUCUAUGAAAUUUUGAGAAUUGUAAUGUUAUAUAAAUACGUAAUUUUAAUGUUAUGCUUGUUUCUUAUAAAAUUAUCAGUUAUUCUAUUGAAAUGUAUUCGUCAACUUCUUUAUAAGACACGUUUUUGAUACUUUUACAAUAAUCUCGAGCGGACCGAUGUUAUCGGAGUGUACUUUUUGCUUUUUUUGCACGUUUUUUUGUGUCAAUAGGUAACCUUUUGACCGCCAUGGCUAGUCUCACAAAUCAUUCCUUUAAUGAAAUAAAAAACGUUAACACCCGUGGCGAUUAAAAGAUUAUGUUCAAAUACGUAUAUGAAUAUACAUAUAUAUGCAGUAUUAUUUAUAAAGAUAAAUUGGAUAUAGUUAGAAUUAAUCACGUUAUGUAACAUGGACAACACAUUGUGACCAUUUCUGCUUGACAUUAUACCAAGAUUGUAUAGCACCAUAGGUAUAUUUGUUAUGUAAUAAUAUUAUACUAAACCAUCGUUGCCAAAUUUUCCUUAGAUCGGGAUGUGCCCGUUUUCUACCUCUUUUUCUUUUUGCAUUUACUUUGUCAUUUUUAGCCCAAUCAGUAGUUCAACAAGGAAAUAAUAAUAACAUAUUUUUCUACUCAAUUGUUGCUAACUUUUUGGUAAAUUGACCUCUUAAGGGACGCAAUGCGGUAUAGGCAUUUUUUGUAAUUUUAACCAAAAUACUUUCAAGGUUCUAACAUUUAAAAAAAAUUAAGUAACCCCAGUUACGAAUCUGCUACCAGUGGAAAAAAAUAUCGACGCGUCGCGUACUGGUCAAAUGGUCGUUUUAAACUUCUAUCCAAUCCUAAUAUUGUCGAUGAUCUAUGAAUUCGGAUAAAAAAAUAUGUGAGCACUUUAAUUAAUUUGACCACGAGUAACUGAACCUAUUUUUUCUCAUUCUUACUUAUAUAAAUAAAUUAAAUUUUACAAAAUAAAUUGCCGCCGCAUUUACGUCCCUUUUUCCGUGGUCUUAUGUAAGGCGCUUGCCACCGCCUGUGAUAAUUCAACGAAGCAUAGCAGAAGUAAUUUAUAUUUGUGGAUAUUCCAUAUUUUCCGAAACCUAUCUUCUAUUCUAGUUAAACAAUAAACACGGAGCGACUUGUCAAAAUAACACAUGUUUCAAUAUGAUCUACCUAUAUCUGAAAUAUAUCAGAAUCGAGCGUGUUUGACAAAACGCUGCCUCAGUUGCUAGUUUAAUAUUAAACUGUGUUUAUUCCUCUAGAAGUCUUACUAUAUCGAGAAAUUAAUGAAUUUUUCUUAACUGUUAAAAAUCAUAAAAUCCCUCGUUUUUAACAUCCUGGGUCCCCCAGAUCAGAAUCACUACAUUUCAUAUUCAUGAAUUUGGAAUUAUAUAUCAGAAUCAGAAUAGAUUGUGGAAUAUUAUAUGUUCAUAAAAAUGUGUAUAAGGAGUAGAGAAAUAUCUCAGGAGAUUUAAAUUUUCAACAUUAAAAGACUUUUGGAGCUAACUGUAUGAGUAGUCGCGGCGCGCGGAAAGGUCAGAUUUCUGUUUGUUGAGCUGAAUAAUUGCGAGAUUUUCGAGGUUGUAUCACUUGUAUCUCGUCUCCUGUGUUGGAUCAGCUGUUUAGUGUUUGAACAGCCAAGGGUGUAUUACUUUCGCACAGUAUAUAGAGAAAAUGCACUUUAGCAUAGGCGAAGCAGUAAAAAGAUGAACCCAAUUCUGUUUCGGACAACUUUUAGACUGUUGGACUGACCUCGACUGCACUUAGCCCCGUAUUUCUAAAUCAAAAUGUUGUGUGUUAAAAAUGGCGCGUGCCGCGCUCUGUGUAAUUUUACGCGUUAAUUGUUGUAAAACAUUAAUAUAACUGCCUUUUUAUUAUACAUUAUUCUAAAUACUGUUGUUUGUGUAUCGAGAGAAUUAGCGUAUGGCCGGCAACAGUCUUAAAAAUUCAUAAUCUUAAAAAAAAAUUGUAUGCAAAUUGACAGUUCAAACUGACACUGACAGAUCUGUCAGUGUCAGUUUGCAUACAAUUUUUUUUUAAGAUUAUGAAAAUUAAGACUCGUCUGUUGCCGGCCUACGACGUAGCAUGCUGAUUGUAAUGCUGCGUCCAUACCUGUGUUUUGUAAAAAACGUCGGUGUGGACUCGGCAUAUGGAUAGCUUCUUGUAUAUACUGCCUUAUUCGUGUAAGAUCUGUCUUCGCAAUAUGAAAUAAAAUAUAUUAAGUUAA